GUGAGCGGCGUCGGACAGUGAUCAGUGGCGUCGAGACGUCCUACUCCACUAGCGUCCCACCAGGAUGAGGGCGGACCGGGCUAAGGAGAGCAGCCUCCACCGCAUACAGGAAUGUCCUCUGCAGGAGGUUGACCUGGAGACGGACUACGAGGUAGACCGCGACCUGGGAGAAGGCUGCUUCGCCAAGAUUGUGUUGGCUACUCACAAGCAAACCGGCACUAGUGUAGUGCUCAAGAUGAUCCAUGAAGAACUCACCACACUCAAAGACUUCUACCGCGAGUUCCACUACAGCUACCACCUGAGUCCACACCCCAACAUCCUGUGUUCCUACCCGGUGGCGUUCAAGGCAGCCAACUGCUGGGUGUUCGCCCAGGAGUACGCCCCCCUGGGUGACCUGAGCGGCGUGGUCCGGGCGGGCGGAGUCCCAGAGACUUCGUGCAAGAAGGUAGCUCGUCAAUUGUGCUCCGCUCUGGAGUUCCUUCAUUCCAAGCAGCUGGUCCACAGGGAUAUCAAACUAGAGAAUAUACUGGUCUUCGCUGCUGACCUCAGCACCAUCAAGCUGUGUGACUUUGGAGAGACCAGGAAAGAAGGGUUGCUGGUGAACAAAGUAAAGUGUACGUGGCAUCAGUUCCUGCCACCAGAGGUGUGUGAGGCAGUCAAGAACGAGAGGUUCCUCUGCAGACCAGCCUCUGACUGCUGGCAGGUCGGCAUCGUCCUCUACGUCUGUCUUACAGGUUGUCCACCAUGGAAGAGUGCAGAUUUAACCGACCCUGAAUACAGGGCCUUUAGUCUGUGGCAACGUCGACGAUCAACCAAAGUUCCAAACCAACUGAAACGGUUCACCCCUCGCCUGCAGAGGCUGUUCAGACGCAUUUGGGAGGCCAAGCCGGAAAAAAGAGGUUCAGUUACCGAGGUCAGCAAGUAUCUCAAAGACUCUUGGCUCAUAGAUAAGGACAAGGACAAAGACAAGCCGUCUGCCCUAGCUCCGCCGGAGCGUCUGGAGCGGCGCAACUCCGCGGAGCUCUACCUCCACCUGGAGGCUGGGGAUGACCUGCGCUCUCUGGCGGACGAGAGCAAGAACAGGAUGCGGAAGCUGCUGAGUAGCUACGGUCUGGAGACGACGGUGGAUCAGCAGCUCAUGACGUCACGAGUAUGGGACUGGAUAAACAGCUGUGACUCAACGACUCCCGACAGUCCGGAGAGUGGAUGAGAAAGAGUGACUGGGGUUGAGCGGGAAGUGGGAGUUGGUGAUAAGAAGAAAGUUGAAACUCCAGGAUAAAAGGUGAAAAUAAUUGACGCUUGAAAAUGUGAGCUAGAAAUCCCAUUUUCUCACUACUAAUUUAAUUUAAUCUUUGGCGAUAUAUGGAUUAGAUACUUGUGUUCAAGCAAUUUUGAAAAUUAUAAAAUAACGCUGUUUAUGGAAUACCAUUGUUAACCAGGAGUUUUUAGAUAGGAUUACUGUUAUACCUUUGACUAGCCUUUUGGAUACGUAUGUAGACGUACACAGAUCCAUAUUUAGUUAGGCAAAAACAUUUGCAUAUUUGAGAGAAAUAAAUCAUUUUCUUUAGUGCUCUCUGCCGGUGUCUUAGUUCAACUACGUGCAUUUGUAUCUUGAAACUGGCUGUAAAGUUAAUACGGAAAUAAAACGCCUAGUUCUAUUUAUGGUAAAAAUCAGAAGAGGGCGACAAAACUCUGUUAACACUUUGCUAAUGACAUGUAGUAAUUAUAUAUGAGAUCAAAUUACCUAGACAUAAUAGUGCAUAUUUAAAAUAGGUCAUUGAAGGAUAUGUGUCGAAUGAAUAGUGAAAUCGAAUUUUCUGUCAAAAGAAAAUUAAUGAAAGAAUAUUUUUUCCAUGACAUUGCACUUCAACUUGUCGUAUUCGUCUUGAUUGCGAUUUCUUAAAAUGUUAUUGUUAUGAUAGAUAUCUGAGGUUGAUGUUAUUUUUUAUACAGUACUAAUAUUAAAACAUUUCGGUUUGGCUGAAACUGAAGAAUAUUGGCUUGGUGGUAGCCGUAGAAUGUAGAUAUCAAGACUGUAUUUAUAAUUGUUAUAAAAAUGCAUUAUGGCGAUAUGCGUUUUGAUGAGGAAUCGAAAGAUUAGUUUUUUAUUAACUUUAUUUCGAGGUUUUACUUGGUCUUUGUAAAAGACUGAUAGCAAGUGUCCUGUUUGGUAGUCAACAUAAAGUGGUUUGUUAACCAUCUCGUUUUAGAAGGUGAAUGUUGUGUUGUGUAAUAUAAAUGUAAACAGAAUCAUUGUGUAGUUCGUUAUGAUUAAAAAACACUUAUCUGCUAAACACGUCUCAAAGAAUAUUUACCAUAAAACAUUACAUUGUACAGUUAUACCCACUGAUAGAAAAGUGUAUUCUUUUAAUUGAACUCUGAGUAGUAUGAGGACGAGUUAUUAAAGUUCAUUAUACGAAUUUCAUCCUGGAAAUAGUUUUCUGAAAUCCUUACAAUAGAUAGAGUGGGUUAAUAUAGUUACAAUAUCACGUUUCUUUAAUUGCAUUGGCAUAAUUUACUUUUAAUGUCACAUUUUACCUUUUGAAACUAUAAACUGAGUGACAAUAAAGUACCUGACCAGUAUUAUAAAUAAUUUUUCUGUCUUCCCAUCAUAAAUUUCGUCAAUAUAUUUACAAUAACUUGGUACUCAUAUGUUAAGGCUAUUUGUAUGCCCAACUGCCAAACAUUUUUGUAAAAUGCUGUAAGAAAACGCCAUUUAUAUGUUGUAUCACGAAAGUACGGCAGUAUUGGCUUAUGGAUUUUCCUACAAGUGGUUUGCAGUAUUAAGUCGUCACAGUUUCUUUUUUAUGACAGUAAAACUUGUGAAGAAUUUAUCAAUUUGUCAUUAAAGAAUUUGUCAAUAAAAUAUUUUUUAUAAAAUAAACGUAUAGAGUCAAAUUAUAUGGACCAUAUCAAUAGUUUAAAUAAUAUAACAUUUUAGAGUGUAUAUUUUGUAGAGGUUAUAGUAGUAAUAAAAUUAGGUUUUAUGUACAGAGCUUAGCUUUAUAUCCUCAUCCUGUUAUAUUUAGAGAGAUUUUAAUGGUACAAUUUAUUCACCACCUAGUAAAAUUAGUGAAAUUGUAAUUUUCUAUGGAUGUCAACAAUAUUUUAGAAUCCUCACUGUUAUAUUUUUUCGUAAAAACAGCACAUCUGAAAAUUUUGAAAAUACACUUUAAAAAUACUACUACUUUUGAUUGUUGUAAAAGAAUGUAAAUGUAAAAGAAUAUUAUCAUCCUGCGAAGGAACAUUGCUUACGUUUGAAAAUAUUCAAGUUUUAUUCAUGCUAAAUGUUCUCCACAUUUUCAUUUUAAAUUCAGUAUUGAUUUUUGCAGAGUACAGUAUAUCGUUUUUCAAGAGACUUUUGACUAUUUCGUUUAAGAUAAAAAUAACGUAAUUUAUUUCAGUGUACUUUUCAGUAGUAGAUAAAGGUUUUAUAAUAAAAAAAUAAUAUUGAAACAUAUUUUAGUAUUUUUGUUAUUUGUAGGUCUGUCUAAAUUACAGUAAAUGUCAGUACAUUGUAAAUCAAGCAUUUGUGUAAUGUUUAACUUCGAAAAUAGUAGAAAGCCAUCCUCCUUAUUGUUCUUCACAGAACAUGUAAUAAUAAGUUAUGGCUUUGAUAUGUGUAAAUUUAUAGAAACCAAACUUUAUAUGUUAACUGUAGCAUUAUUUAGAUUAAAUCUUAGUAAAACCCUAGUAAUAAAUGUAUUGAUAUACUUUAUUAAGUGUUAACUUAUACAAGUAUGUACCAAAUUACUUGACGUAAGUAUAGUGUAUAUAUUGUACAGCAUAAAAUUGUAUAUAUUUUUGUACGUCUCACUUUGUGAAAUUUGUAUUAGGUGGCAAAUAAA